GGCCGGCCUGGCCGCGGGCCAGAUGGGUCUGGGUUGCCUAUGCCCAGCGGUGGCUCUAAUCGCCGCGUGCCCCCGGCAAGGCAGUCAUCAGGUGACGACGCGGCGUUACAAGGUCACGCUCGAGCUCGAGGGCGGGUCCAGGGAGGCGGCGGACGGCGCGGGCGCAGGUGCCUUUUCAGCCGCCCAGAGGGUUGCACGCGCGUGCCGGGAGCUGGGGGCGGCCGCAGCGCAGCUGCAUUUACAGCCAAGGCGGGACGAGAGUUUGCAGUCACCUCGCACGCCGGCCUUAGGUCGGGCUGGGCGCACGCCAUUUUUGUUGUCCGGGUCCCCUCCCCCUUUUCUGCCCACAGAUGUUCAAGCGGAUGCAAGGGUGUCGGAAUCGGAGGACGAGGAUGUUACAUAUGUCGCGACUGAGGAGUCUGGAUCUGACCAAUCUACGGCUUCAGGUCAUCGAGCCGGACUGGAAGGUCUAGCACUACGUUCGGUAGCGCCAUCCACGCUUAAGGCUUACAAGCAGGCCUGGGGCGAAUGGGAAGAAUUUGCUAGAGGACGGAAGCAACGAGGUAAGAGCGGGCAUCGGAUGAUGCUUUCUUUUAUUUGGCAGCUUUAUGUUUCGGGUAGGUCUAGAGCGGUGGUGUCCCGGUACUUGGCUGGCAUUGCAUUCUUCUGCAGAAUUAAGGGUGUUCCCGAUUUGACGAAAAGUGGCAUUCUGCUUAAGGCUAUGAAAGGAUGGGCGCGCGUGGCGCCUACGCCGCCUGACAGAAGGCGGCCCAUUGAUGCGGCGUUGCUGCCAGGCAUCAUUGGGUCGGUUGGAGCCAUCGCAUCAUCUAUGUUUGAAUCGCUGCUUUUUAGAUUGGCGUUCUCUAUGGCUUACCACGGCGCCUUUAGGAUAUCGGAGUUGGUAGCGCCUUCUAAGCAAACUGAUUCGCGCAUGCUAGUAGAGGACGUAGUGGUGAGUGGGAGGUCCUUGCUGUGCAGAUUGCGACGCUCUAAGACGGACCAGGUGGGGAAGGGCCGAUGGGUCACCCUGGUUCCGGCACUUGAGGAGAGCAUAUGCCCAGUACGGUUGGCAGUACAAUAUGAGGCAGUGAGGCCCGACUGUCGGGGGUCGUGGUUGCUGCACUAUGACGGGCUGCCAGUAACGAAGUUCCAAUUUCGGUGGAUGAUGGGUCGCUGUCUGACGAGCAUGGGCCUUUCCCCCUCCCACUUCGGUACACACUCCUUCCGCAUUGGGGCUGCUACGGCGGCAGCGGCCGCGGGUUUUACGGGAGCCCAAAUCCAGGCGGUGGGACGAUGGAAGUCGUCCUGUUAUAAGCGGUACAUUCGCCCCGUCGCCUGAGAUACUUUGCUUAAGCGUAGCUUGCAUCAAUAAGUUAGAGUAAGAUAAUGUUUUGCUUGGUGUUAUGCAUAUGUUAUGUUCGCUGUAUGUUGGUUCGUUUACCCGUGUGUGAUCCUACUCAGGGAUUAGCCACUUGCCGCUGCGGGCGUGAGCCGGCAGCGGGGGUCUGGAGUUAUUUUGCAAUUUUUGCCUGACUUGACGGACUGAAUUCUAAUCUUUAAUUCGGCUAAUCUGUUCUAAUCAAAGUCCCUCAGCAGGUUUUUAUGCUUUCACCUCCAGCUGAGUUAUUUCAUGUUUUACCCCUUUUUAUACCCCCCCCCCCUUGUUAAUUUCGUUUUGAUUCUUUUGCCUUUCCCUUAAUGUCUUAAUGCUUUUACUUCAAAUUGGCUAGGAGCUCGGGAGAUCGGCUAGGCCGUGACUGCUGCGACAUUAGGAAACAAUAAAAAAAUUUUUCUUUUGGCAGAUCCUUCAGGUUAACAUAAUACAUGCUAGGGCGUAGAAUUAUAGUAACACAUUUUACCCCUUUUUCCUUCCAUUCAGGUUGUUUCGCUGAUGGCUUGUCCGUUUGGGUGGUCGGCCACUCGUAUGUCUUCUGGGCAGCAAGGUUUUUGGCCUCUGAUACUUCUCAGAGGUUUCCUAGAGGUCAGGGAAUCAGAUGGCUUGGUUGGCGAGGUAUGAUGUGGACAGAUCUAUUGAGUAGACUAGUCAGUCAGGCCAGGAAGCAUGGAGUUCCCAAGGUUUUGGUUGUCCACUUAGGUGGCAACGACCUAGGGAAGAGGACUUCCUUGGAGCUACGGUGGGCCAUGAUACAAGAUCUGGCAAAGGUGGCCGCAGCAUGGACCAAUUGUUUAUUGGUAUUUUCCCUGAUGGUGCCAAGGUUGAGUUGGCGAGGUGUGGAGGACGGACGCGUAAUAGAUGAGGCCAGGAUAAAGGUGAAUGGGGCGGUGGCGAAGUGGGUCUUGGCCCACGGAGGUAAAGUCGUUCGCCACCCUAAGAUUCGGUUCCGAGACAAACACCUUUUUCGGCCUGAUGGUGUGCAUCUAUCCAAUGAGGGGAUGAUGUUUUUCCUGGAGGAUCUGUUCCUAGUGUUGCAGGAGUUAGGGUAGUUUAUGGUGGCGGUGCGAGGACUCUGGGAUGGAGUCCUUCGCUGUUGGCGGAAAAGAACGGCAGUUUGUAGUUGUAUGGUUUUUUAUAGGUAGUAAGUUUCAGUGUUAUAUGGUUUAGGUGCACUCACCUCCAUCGACUUAAUGGCCGCUCGACCACCCAUCCGGGAGGCAGCGGCAGGGCACCCAGGAGCGGUGGGAAGUCACUGUGGGGGUUGUGUUGACACCUAUUACCGGUUUGGAUAGGGUGCUGGACGGUUCCGGUCAGUUUACCAAUUUAAGUUUACCAAUAGUUUAAUAGAGCCGUUCUUUUUUCUGCCACCAUUAUGCCGGCUGAUUCGGCAUCUUAACAAAAUUUUCCCAAUUGCAGGUUUUGCUAUGGUUAGGGUCAAAU